UUUUUCUAUCCAAUCAGAUACCAGGGGCGGGCCUUCACACUAAUCUUUACAAAAUGGCGACUGUUGUUGUUUUGCCGCAGGGUCAGUGAAUAACUCCGUUUCUUAUUUUAGUGAUUUUCUGCAAAUAUUCUGCAGAAAUAGCCCUUGAAAUACGAUAGGCGUCCCAAGGGUCGGCUCCGUGUGGACUGAAAUGAAAGGUAAAGAACGGUCGCCCAUUAAAAAACGCUCCCGGGCCUUGGACGAUAUCCGAGACAGGGGAGGAUGCCACCCGACCAGCAAGAAAAUGGGGGCUCUCGCCGUUUCAAGUGGGAGUAAUAAUGGGAAUAGCUCGACCAAAGGUGACGGUAGCUCGACGAGAAGAAGCCUGCUCGGCGAGAAAAGAGACAGGGAUUUCGAGGGACACAGCCGAGCUGGAAAUAAUCACAGCUGUCAGUCUGUCACUGCUAGCUCCGUCGGUAAGAACCACAAUCUGAGCCUGACACUGGAUUUAGCCUCACCGAGGACCACUUCACGCGGGGAGCAGCGGGUCCAGCCACCCAGCGCCGAGAGUGAGUACAAAACCCUGAAAAUAAGCGACCUCGGCACUCAGCUGAACGACGAAGACAUAGAGGAUGGACUUUUUCACGAAUUCAAGAAAUUUGGAGAUGUGAGUGUGAAGAUAAGUCGCAGCAACGACGAGCGGAUAGCGUUCGUUAACUUCAGGAAGCCGGAGGACGCUCGGGCUGCGAAGCACGCGAGGGGUCGGCUGGUGCUUUACGACCGGCCGCUGAAAAUCGAAGCAGUGUACAUUAACAGGAGGAGAAGCCGCUCCCCCGUGGAGAGAGACUUGUAUGGUGCUGCUCCAAGCCAUAGACAUUUACAGAGACCACUCUCGCCCACCGGGCUUGGAUAUAGAGACUACCGCCUGCAGCAGCUAGCCAUGGGUCGGCUUCCCCCUCCCCCGCCGCCCCCUUUGCCCAGAGAACUGGAGCGGGACAGGGAGUUUGCCCUGUUUGAAGCCAGGACACGUCCAGCAUAUAUUGCAGAGCGAGCUGCUUUCCGUGAGGAGGAUUUUAUAUCUCCAGAAGAUGACCAAAGAGCAAAUAGGACGUUGUUUUUAGGCAACCUGGACAUAACUGUUACAGAGGCAGACCUGAGGAGAGCUUUUGACAGGUUUGGGGUCAUAACAGAAGUGGACAUUAAAAGACCCACACGUGGACAAACCAGCACAUAUGGAUUCCUGAAAUUUGAGAACCUUGACAUGGCUCACCGUGCUAAGCUUAGUAUGUCUGGCAAAGUAGUCGGCCUCAACCCCAUAAAGAUUGGCUAUGGGAAAGCUACUCCUACCACACGCCUGUGGGUGGGUGGUCUUGGACCCUGGGUUCCUGUAGCUGCCUUGGCAAGAGAGUUUGAUCGCUUUGGCACUAUAAGGACCAUUGACUAUAGAAAAGGAGAUACUUGGGCCUACAUUCAGUAUGAAAGUUUGGACGCUGCACAAGCUGCAUGCACGCACAUGAGGGGCUUCCCUUUGGGGGGUCCAGAGAGGAGACUUAGAGUGGACUUUGCAGACACUGAGCAUCGUUACCAGCAGCAGUUCCUGCAGCCUCUCCCAAUACCACCAUUUGACAUGGUGGCUGAGUCUUUUGUGCACCGUGCCACUCCUGAACCUCUGAGGGUCAGGGAACGGACUCCUCCACAGCUUCAUUUCAGGGACAGAGAACUCUUUCCUGGAGCUGAGUGGCCUAAUCCGGCUAUUCGAGAUCGGGUACGUGCAUCACCCUUUGAGCCACUGGAGCACUUGGAACGGGAGCGGCGGGCACGGGAACCCUGGUCUUUGGAACGAGAGCUGCAGGGGCGAGAACCUGCUCGCAAGAGGCGAGUAAUGGAAGACGGACGCCAUAUAGACCACUCCCCUGACAGCACUGACAGGACAGUAAGACGUAGGCGUGCCUCUCCAGAUGCUAGUCCUGGAGGUAGCAGUAGAGAUGGAGGGCGCUUCAGUGACUCAGAGCGACCUCUGCGGGGGGAGAGGCCCUCCCCUCCCCGAGAACAUCACAGCCUCGAAAGAGGCGGGGCCGAGCGGAGACUCAAAAGCCAGAGUCUUGCUGAAAAGGGACCUUCAAGCAGCAGUGUUUCAGCAGUUGGAGAGCGUAAACGCAAAGCAGGCGAGGGUGGCAAGGUGCCAGCCAAGAGAGAGCGUACUGAGAGCACCAAGGGAGGCCAGACGUCUAAAGCAGACAGCACUAAACUCAGUCUGGCUUGGCAAGGCAUGCUGUUGCUUAAAAACAGCAAUUUCCCAGCCAAUAUGCACCUGCUGGAGGGUGAUCACAGCGUAGCCAGCGACCUGCUCAUCGAUGGCACAACAGGGAGACAAGUGAGCGAGCUAAAGAUCACCCAGCGUCUUCGUCUGGACCAGCCCAAGCUGGACGAGGUGUCCCGGCGCAUCAAGGUGGCGGGUCCGGGUGGCUACGCCAUCCUAAUGGCAGUUCCUGGGACCACAGAGGAUACAUCGUCAUCUGACCCUUCAGCCUCAACUCAGCGCCCACUUCGCAACCUGGUGUCCUACCUCAACCAAAAGCAAGCAGCAGGAGUCAUCAGCCUACCUGUGGGGGGGAGCCGAGAUAAAGACAACGCAGGGGUUCUUCAUGCUUUCCCUCCUUGUGAUUUCUCCCAGCAGUUCCUGGAUUCCUCUGCUAAAGCUCUGGCUAAAAGUGAAGAGGACUAUUUGGUCAUGAUUGUUGUUCGUGGAGCAUCCUGAAAAAAAUCAGAACACACAAAGUUCAAAUGAUGUUAAAAAAAAAAAAUCUGCUGUAUGUCAGUAACUAUUGCAUGCUGUGUGUUCUGCAUUCUGGGGUUACACUAGUAUGAUUCUUGAGUGUUUGUAUGUUGCCAUGUAAUCUACUAAAUGGACAAACAGUGCCCUCUUACCAAACUAAAACAGUGUGUGUUUUUGAAAUUAUUUUAAAGGGUGUGUGAAUUGCUUACAAGGUCAUAAACCGGCAAUAAUUUAGUGAGAAUACUGUAAGACAGUAAAAUAAGAGGUGAAUUUGUUAAAUUGAAUUUCAGUGUCAUUCAAGAAGAGAUUAGUCAUAUUCAGAGCUACUUUUAAUUUCCUUACUCAACUUUGAAAAAAGAUGGCAAUGGAAUGCAGGGGACACAAUAACAGUUCCAUUACAAGAAAACCACACACAAUACCUUGUAGUCUGUUCUAACACUGAAGCUACAUCUCUGUUACACAAUGUUAACAUCUGAAAAUGAUACCAUAUACUUUAAACAUUAGAUUUGUUUCUGGUCUAUUACACUCUGUUAACUCAGUCACACCAUAUUUGUGUUGUUAUUGUGUCUACCUCCUCAUCUUAUUCAAAGUUUGAAUUACAGUGCAAUAACAAUUCUACUAUAAUCACUGUUUGAUGGAUAGUCAAGAAAAGUGAGCAUGGCAUUUCUGAUUUGAGGGUUCCAGUAAAGGUGUAUUGAACGAGUUGGUACUGCAGCUACUAAGAUCAUCUUUUUUUUAAGAGUGGAUCUUUGUUCCAUUUUAAAGGUCAGGGCAUGCUGUAAAACUUUUCUUCAGCACACCAUACUUCAUUUGUUUGUGGCUUGCCUCCCUUAAGUAUCCAACCAAUUGACAACAACAGAGUUUGUCAAAUGGGGUGCGGUGUGUUGAAGGAGAGUUGUACGUGAUGCUUGAAUUUUGAUGGGAUUUUCUUGCCCGAUUGUUGCACCUGUGUGUGUUCUUAAAGCCGGGAAAACAUUGUGAAGGUUACUAGUAAAGAGGGCACAAGUUGAACGUCAGACAUUUCAGUUACCCUGGUUAAAAGCACAUUUUUAAGAGUUAUAAUUUACCUCCAGGCUUAUGGUUUGAAUUUGAGUGUAUCUCAAUUAAUGUGUUCCUCAAUACUUGAACACCAAAUUACAAAUUAGAGAAUGAUUUCAGUGUCAACUUUAGUGUUAUUCAGACUCUGUGGUAUGCUGAACACUAUAAGAUGUGACCUUUUUUUUUUGCCAGACACCCCAUAACAGUAAGCAUAGCAUAGUAAAGCAAACACUAACAUGUUUUUCAUAUUUCCACUCCAUAUUUUAUUUUGUGCAUCCCUACCUUAGAAAUGGUUGUGUAAUGUGACUUUUGAAAAACAGCAGUAGAAAUUGAUAAAAGGCUUAGAGAGUAAUGUGUUGUUUCAUUUAUUGCUCUGCAAUCGGUAGGUCUUUCAAGAAAAAUAAUAAUCAGUAUCAGUAAAAUGUCAGUUCAAAGUAACACAAACCUGGUAUUUGUUCAGUAAGUAGGUCAGUGUAACUUAAAGUUUUAGAUUUACUAUAACAGUAAAUGUUUGAAUUUAAUUGUAAAAGUUUUGAUCAGAUGAUAUUUUACUCAUGUCUGCCAACGUCUUCUCAAGGCCUACUUACCGUAUUUUGUUUUAGCUGUUUAUGUUUGACAUGCAACAGUAACUUAUCCAGAAUUAUAAUAUGCUGAGUUUGGUUUGAUAUGUGUUGAAAACAUCAGUAUGUCAGAAAUUGUUCUAUAUGUGGACACCGCAACCACUUCAACGUUGGACUCCCGAGCAGCCCUGAAGGCAGAGCUGCAAACUUCUGCAGAGUGUUUGUGAGUCCUCUCUUAUGAGGCAGCUUUUUAGUUGUGUAUCCCAUCUGCACCUGUGAUGACUUCUGUUUUAUAUGGAAAAUUGAGCAAUGUACACUUUGAUGUCGUGGGAGAGGAAAAUCCAUAGAGCCCAUGCGAAGCUGUUCACAUACCUGCAAGUGCUUUUGGGCACUUAAUGUGACCGAUUAUCAAUAAAUUGUUCAUUUGAAGGGAAA